AACUUCUUCUUCUACUGUAAGAACCCAAUGCUCGUUUAGUCUUUUUAGGAGCCGCUUUGCUGUAACGGGCAUCUUAUUCUUCUUCCUCUUCCUGUUUCUUCUCCUGCAUAAUCGGUCUUUUCCGAAUUCCCCGGAAUCUCAGGUUCUUAUUACUGUCUACUGUCCUGAGAUAUGCAACUGAGGUUGUUGUAAUUGAGCUAGGAAAAUAGUAUCCUGUCUGUGUCUGUUUGCUAUGGACGAGUUUGUGAAUAGAUCCAUCUGCAAUUCUUAUAAAGCAAACAACAGAUUAUCCGUGACAAUUUUGGAAUCAACAACAACCCAGAUAUUGAAUUUCAACGACAGAUAUGAAUUAGGACAACAAUUAGGAUUAGGACAAUUCGGAAUCAUCAGAGAAUGCUUUGAUAAGUUAACGGGCGAGGUUUUUGCUUGCAAAUCGAUCAAUAAAGAUAGGUUGGUGACGCCAGAUGACUUGAGAAGUGUUAAACUUGAGAUUGAGAUCAUGACUCUAUUAUCAGGUCAUCCAAAUGUGGUUGAUUUGAAGGCAGUUUAUGAAGAGGAGACUUAUGUUCAUCUGGUGAUGGAACUCUGUGCUGGAGGUGAACUCUUCCAUCAGCUUCAGAAUCAUGGAAGGUUCUCUGAAAGCGAUGCUCGUGUUCUGUUUAGACAUCUUAUGCAAGUCGUUGUUUAUUGCCACGAAAAGGGUAUUGUUCAUCGCGAUCUAAAGCCUGAAAACAUCCUAUUACUUAAGAAAUCUUUCACUUCGCCUAUUAAAUUGGCUGAUUUUGGUCUUGCCACUUAUUACAAACCAGGGCAGAGUUUAUAUGGGACAGUUGGAAGUCCUUUCUAUAUAGCUCCCGAGGUUCUAGCAGGUGGUUAUAAUCAAUCUGCAGACGUUUGGAGUGCUGGGGUUAUCCUUUACAUACUUCUCAGUGGGAUCCCUCCGUUUUGGGGAAAGACAAAAUCGAAGAUCUUUGAUUCGGUUAGGGCUGCUAAUCUUCGAUUUCCGUCUGAUCCUUGGAGCAGAGUAUCAGCUUCGGCUAAAGAUUUGAUAACCGGAAUGUUACUCAUUGAUCCUUCAAAGAGACUUACAGCCAGUCAAGUCUUAUCUCAUUCUUGGAUUAAAGAAGAAGAACAAGAACAAGAAACAUCAUCAUCAUCGAUCAUUGGAGAGACAAACAACUUCUUGAUGGAGAGAAGCGAAGAUUGCAGCUUUACUUACGCGUCUCCCCCAAAUUUGGGGAGAAUUCAAAGGAGGAGCGAUUCGCCACCCGUAUUUACAUGUCAGUCCUCGUUUUCGUCUUUUCUGGUUGAGAAUGAGAAUCCUUCUUGUCCUGUAGCUGUGCCCUUUUCUUUAAGCAGUUGUUCUGAAUCUGAUAUGCCGGAGUUUUCAUCGCCAAUUCCAUCGUUGCCAAGCUUUACUUUCUUUAGUCCGAGUUCAACUAUCAAGCAAGAGGAUAAUACUAAAGAUUCGGUCGUGGAUAAGGUUUUUACAUUUGAUCAUACGCCGGAGCUAAUUGUAACUGAUCGGAGGUUAGAGUUUCGAAGGGGUAAGCAUAGCAAGAGGAAUCAUACAAUUGGACAUGGGGAGCUUGAACUUGCUGCAGUUACAGAAUCAGUCAUCCGAUGGGCGUCUUGCACACAUAUUUCUAGCUCUUCGUCGCUGAGAUCUUCGCUCGUUUGUUAGAAUAAAUGAUUUUUUUUCUAGCGGGUUAUGUUUUUUUGUUUUCUUCCGUUAUGGAUUGACAUGCCUUUUUGUAUAAUUUAAGUGUUUUUCCAGUGAAAUCCAUUUUCUCUUAA